AUGGCCAAACAUUCGCCUGCGAAGAAGAUUUCGGCGGAGGACUUUUUUCGGGUCUACUCCCGACUGCGUGGCCCGCGGUUAUUCGUCGGCUACACAGAUGGCACCAGUGGAGUCAAAAUUUUUUACGCGUUGCUGAAACAGAGCCGCGGUACCACCGGGGGUGGCUGCAACGUUAACUGCGACGAGUUCGGAUGGUGGUUAACCGGCUCAAGUCCUGGACAACCGGUCGACGAGGACGACGACGUCCCCAAGUCCAAUUGCAACGGGUCUCCUGCAUCGACGGUUUGCCACGAGGAAUCGGAGGAUGACGACUCCGUCGAUGAGAGGGAAGUCGGGAACGAUCAACUCCAACCUGUUCACUCCUCGUCACCGGUGGAAGAUCCUGACGGGAUUUGCCUGGCUGAGGAACCGCCCUGUGGGACUUGUUCGCGGUCCUACACACCCGAAAGGUUGAUCAGGAACCGGGACUACAGAAUCCUCACCAAUUCACCGCCGACCUCGUUAAGCCCGAAAACGGGGCCCUCGACGCCGUGCAAAAGGUAUGCGAGCAAACGAAACCGGCGUCUGAGCAGCCUGAUCGAUCAGCAACUGGUUGGCGCUUCGCAGCUUGAGGCCGUCCUCGACCACCACGUUUUGGACAUCAAACUUCCGGCGGCUCCUGGGCGAAGAAAAGGAUUCGCGGGACGAUCACCGGAGGGUUGUAAAAACGCGUCCAGGAGCUCGAGGGACCUCCUCGCCUUUGCUAACUGCGAGAGUCCUCCCGGGAUUUUGACACCGGAUUUAACGAGCAGCGGAUCGAGCUGCGAGAAGCUGAACUGCGAGUGGCGACGACGCAGCGAGGCAGACGUCUCUCGCAUUGGCAGAGUGGAGGACUCCUUGGCUGCCCCAGCUUCUGUCACACCGAGGAAGGUCUCCGGAAGGCUCGUCUCGACCCUCCAAAAUUUUCGGAGUGACGAAAAUUGCUACGAGGACUUACCGGGUCACGACGUCUUGAGUGCUGAUUCGUGGGAAAAAGGACGAGUCGUCCACUCCUUUCCGGAGGCGCCCGAUGACCCCGAGAGCGUCGUCCGUCAGCUCCAGGAGAGGAUUAACCACAUUCGAGACACAAAUAGGGACAUUUCCGAAGAUCUUUCGUCACUGAGGAAAAACUAUGAGUGGGCUGAGCAAAAGACUGGAAACCUAACAACCGCGACGACUAAACUGAGGAAGGAAAUUCGGGAUUUGCGAUAUAUUGACGACCUUGUGAAUUUGUUGAGCGGUGAAUUGAAACGAAUUUCCCAAAGAAACUGGCCCUUCAAUCUUGGUCAUACGGAGCAUCAUAUGGAAGAAAUUAACCUAGUUAUAUGACAACUAUUUAACGUUCCUCGUCCCAAAUUACUGGCGCCAUAAAAACCACCUAUACCAAUAAUAGUAAAUGAGUAAUAUUAAGAAGCGAUUAUUCGACAUAAAUAGUAUCUGUUCGAACGAACUAUGACGAAUUAAUGCUUGCCAAAGCGUUGAUUGUGUUUCCAAA